AACAACAUCGCGCGCGCGUCGCUCGUCGGCAUAAUAUAUCUCCCGAUACUCGAUAACCCGCGUGGCAUUCUUAUUGCCGGAUUCGCUUGGCUAGUUUACGGCGUACAGCGAGCGCAGUGACGUCGGCCAAGUGCGGUCGCUCCGGAGCACGGUUACGCUGUAUUACGGGAACAAAGAACGUAACGGAGUGCGAAAAUGGAGAAGCUGCUGAUCAAUGGCAUCACUUCCACGUGCGACGGAAAUGUGUGCAACGGCUACCAUCAUGAAGCAGUCCCGGUGACGACGAUGAUGAGUGACGACGAGCUGCUGGAAGCGCCGGUGUCGGACACCCUCGUGUUUUACGUGAACGGCAAGGAGGUAUCGGACAAGGACGUCGAGCCGCAAUGGACGCUCCUGUGGUACCUGCGCAACAAACUUCAUUUGACCGGCACGAAACUCGGCUGUGCGGAAGGAGGCUGCGGAGCAUGCACAGUCAUGGUCUCGAGGUUCGACCGUGCCGCCGAGAAAAUUGUUCACCUGGCUGUUAACGCGUGCUUAACACCGGUGUGCGCCAUGCACGGUUGGGCUGUAACUACAGUGGAAGGCAUCGGUAACACGCGGACGAGGCUGCAUCCGGUGCAGGAGCGCAUCGCCAAGGCGCAUGGGUCGCAAUGCGGAUUUUGCACGCCCGGCAUUGUUAUGUCUAUGUACGCGCUGUUACGCAGCAUACCGAAGCCGACGAUGGAGAAUUUGGAAAUCGCGUUUCAAGGUAACCUGUGCAGAUGUACAGGAUACAGACCGAUUAUAGAGGGAUUCAAGACUUUCACGGAGGAAUGGGAGCAGUCGCAGUUAACGGCUAGCGUGCGAGAAAAAGAGACGAACGGCGCGGGAGUUUGCUCGAUGGGCGACGCUUGCUGCAAGAAGAGAGCUUUCACGUCGGAACCAACUGAGGUUUUCAAUUCAAAGGAGUUCCGGCCGUACGACCCGACACAGGAGCCGAUAUUUCCGCCGAAAUUGAAAAUCGAGUCUAAAUUGGACAAACAAUAUCUCAUAGUGAAGGGCAAAAACGUCACUUGGUACAGACCUACUACCCUCAAGACGCUGCUCGCUUUGAAGGAUCAGUAUCCGAGUGCUAAAAUCGUUAUCGGCAACACCGAGAUCGGCGUCGAAGUGAAGUUCAAGCACCUGGUGUACCCGGUACUUGUACAACCGAUGCAGAUAAGAGAAAUGCGCGAGAUCGUUGAAACGCGGGACGCGCUGAAAGUGGGUGCGAGCGUUACCCUGGUCGAGCUUGAGGAGGCACUGAAACAGCAAAUCAAAAUUAAACCUGACUACAGCACAAGAAUCUUCGUGGAGAUAAUAAAUAUGUUACAUUGGUUCGCUGGGAAACAGAUAAGAAAUGUUGCUGCGGUGGGUGGCAACAUAAUGACCGGCAGUCCAAUAUCAGACUUAAAUCCGAUCUUUAUGGCCGCGGGUAUUAAAUUGAAUCUGCGCAGUUUGAGGAACGGCCGCAGAACGAUACCGAUGGAUCAUACCUUCUUCGUUGGGUAUCGACGUAACGUUGUCUUACCCACUGAGGUGUUAGUGUCCAUCGAUAUUCCUUUUACAGAGCAGAAUCAAUAUUUUAUCGCUUAUAAGCAAGCGAAAAGGCGAGACGACGAUAUCGCCAUAGUCAACAUGGCCCUAAACGUGUCCUUCGUGCCUAAUACGAGCAUGAUUCAGGAAGCGCAUAUCGCAUUUGGUGGAAUGGCGCCAACUACUGUGCUAGCGAGACAAACUUGCGAGAAAAUGAUUGGCAGGAAGUGGAAUAAAUCAAUCCUGGAGAAGAUUUACGAUUCUCUGCUCGAAGAGUUGCCGUUAGCAGACAAUGCACCAGGCGGGAUGAUCAAAUAUCGCUUGUCCCUUACUCUCAGCUUGUUCUUUAAGGGAUUCGUGCACAUCUCCAAGCAGUUGUCGCAAUAUACGUCAGACGUGGAAUUAAUGUCGAAGGAACUGGAAAGCGCAUCGGACUGUUUCCAUUAUAAAGCACCGAAGAGCUCGCAAUAUUAUCAAGUGGUGCCUAAGGACCAAGAGGUGCAUGAUUCACUAGGGCGUCCUAUCGUGCAUGCUAGCGCAUUUAAGCAAGCAACCGGAGAAGCGCUGUACUGUGACGAUAUUCCAAGAUUUACAGAAGAAUUGUAUCUGGCGUUGGUUCUCUCCACCAGAGCGCACGCCAAAAUUCUCAAAGUCGACCCCACCAAGGCGCUAUCCAUGGAGGGAGUUGUAUCAUUUUUCUCUGCAAAGGACAUAAUGGAAGAUAGAAACUGGGUGGGCCCUGUGCUACACGAUGAAGAAGUAUUUGUGUCGGAAAAGGUUACCAGUAAUGGUCAAGUAAUCGGAGCGAUUGUCGCUGCCGAUCAAAAUACUGCUCAGGCUGCGGCAAGGAUGGUCAAGGUGGAAUAUGAAAACAUAGAACCCGCUAUCAUAUCCAUCGAGGACGCCAUCAAAUACAAGUCGUUCCUUCCUGGCUGCCCGAAGAGCAUCAUCAAAGGUGAUGCGAAGGAAGCUUUUGCGCAAGCAGAUCAUGUUUUGGAAGGGGAGGUACGAAUAGGCGGCCAGGAGCAUUUCUACCUGGAAACGCACGCCACCAUCGCUAUACCUCGCGAUGGAGACGAAUUGGAAGUGUUCUGUUCCACACAGCAUCCCACGGAGAUACAGAAAUUGAUUGCGCAUGUUUUGGAUAUACACAUAAAUAAAGUUAAUAUUCGCGUGAAGCGACUAGGCGGCGGAUUUGGCGGCAAAGAAUCCCGUCCGAUAUUACUUGCGAUACCAGUCGCAGUCGCAGCGCACAGGUUACAGAAGCCAAUUCGUUGCAUGCUAGACAGAGACGAAGACAUGAUGGUAAGUGGAACACGCCACCCAUUUUUAUUCAGAUACAAAGUUGGAUUUAAUAAUGAUGGUUUGAUUAAAGUGGUGGCAGUACACAUAUACAAUAAUGCAGGCUACUCUUACGAUCUGUCACUAUCGGUAUUGGAGCGUGCCAUGUUCCACUUUCAAAAUGCGUAUAGAAUCCCAGUGUCGGAAGUGUACGGAUACGCUUGUAAAACGAAUUUGCCGUCGAACACGGCUUUCCGAGGUUUCGGCGGGCCACAAGGAAUGUUCGUGGCUGAGAAUAUUAUCCGGCAGAUUGCUGAUUACUUGAAAGUGGAUGUCGUGAAGUUGUCCGAGUUGAAUUUGUACAAAGAAGGCGACGUAACGCACUACAACCAACAACUUCUCAAUUGCACCGUGGGCCGUUGCUGGACCGAAUGUUUAGCGUCAUCCCGUUAUAACGAAAGGUUGGCCGAAGUGCAACGUUACAAUAAAGAGAAUCGAUACAAAAAGAGAGGUAUCACAGUUGUACCCACGAUGUUCGGUAUAGCAUUUACCGCAUUGUUUUUGAAUCAAGGCGGCGCGCUUGUGCAUAUCUACACCGACGGUUCCGUUCUGAUUAGUCACGGUGGCGUUGAGAUGGGACAAGGUCUGCAUACGAAAAUGACUCAGGUUGCCAGCAGAGUGUUAAAAGUAAACCCGAACAAGAUACACAUCGUCGAAACGGCUACCGAUAAGGUACCCAAUACGUCCGCUACCGCGGCUAGUGCUGGCUCUGAUCUUAAUGGCAUGGCUACUAUGAAUGCGUGUAAGGAGAUUAUGAAACGGUUGCAACCAAUAAUGGACAGCGAUCCAAAUGGCACUUGGGAGAAUUGGAUAAAAACGGCUUACUUUCAACGGAUAAGUCUGUCCGCUACCGGUUUCUACCAAACGCCCGAUAUCGGCUAUUCUUUCGAGACUAACACGGGAAAUCCGUUUAACUACUUCACAUACGGCGUCGCCUGUACGGAAGUCGAGAUUGACUGUCUUACCGGCGACCACGAGGUUCUACGAACCGACAUUGUUAUGGAUUUGGGCGAAAGUUUAAAUCCAGCUAUCGAUAUAGGACAGGUCGAAGGCGGUUUUAUCCAAGGAUACGGUUUAUUCACAUUAGAGGAAAUGAUCUAUUCACCAACGGGGGUUUUGUUUAGUAGAGGUCCAGGUGCAUACAAGCUGCCAGGUUUCACCGACAUACCUAAAGAAUUUAAUGUUUCCUUGUUAAAAGGAGCUUCCAAUCCGAGAGCGGUAUACUCUUCUAAGGCUGUGGGUGAACCGCCAUUAUUCCUGGCAUCGUCUGCGUUCUUUGCCAUUAAGGAGGCCGUUAAGGCUGCACGUGAAGAUAUGAAUAUCAACGGCUAUUUCAGAUUAGAUGCUCCUGCAACUUCCGCACGUAUACGUAACGCAUGCAUAGAUAAUUUGACAAUAAAGAUCAAGGAACCUGAUUUAAAGAAACAGUGGAAUAUGGUGCCAUAAUAGAAUCCUCAAAAUAAAUUCUAGAUAUUUUGUAGUUAUUUUUGUAUUUGAAAAUAUAUUGAAAAUAUAUAUAUAUAUAUAUAUUUGUAUACUUCUAUUCUUAACAAAAUAAAUAAUAACUUCCGAAAUAUAUUAUUGAUAGCAGAAAACACUGUGUCCAUUUU